AUGGAAAAAAAGAAGGGGCAAAAGUUGAACGCAGGGCAGAAACAGAAGCGUUUGGAAAGGGCCGAAGCAUUGAAGAGAAGAUUCGCUGAUGGACGACACCCGCGGAUUCUUUUCACCGACGAGAAAUUCUUUACGAUUGAGGAAGCUCACAAUCCGCAGCGCGAUCGAAUUUGGGCCGAUGAACGCCCCACAGAAGAAGAACUGAUUGUUCAACGUCAAAUGACGCCAAAGGGGGUCAUGGUCUAG